AUGGCUGUUGGAUUGUUGACUCUUAUGAAGAGUCUGGCGCUGAAGAAGUCACCGCAGGUGGUCUACUCGUACCGUUUGAAGCCAAUUGUGCGCGUUGGAGUACUCUCCAUGUCUGCCGUGCUGCUUACGUACGGAUACACGUUUGCUGACGUAUCUUGGCUAUCUGCCAAGCAGCGGCAGGCCGCUGCAGAGGAUGACGACAAGCGUAGCGUAUGGUACUUCUGCAAGUCGUACGGGCCCGUCGCGUUGGCCGUGCUGCCCUUCACAUUGUCCCUCGGCACGCUGUACGUGUUUUCGAGGGUUGUACGGCAAGUCAUUUACCUUCCAGAUGUGGUGGGAAAGCCCGGGUGUCGAAUUGUACGCCAGUCACCUCUUCUCGCGAGAGAGAUCAGCACGGUGCGGCCGCUGGACGUCGUCAGCAGGACUAAGGGGGUUAGGAUAUAUACGGGGAAGGGUCCACAAGGGAUAGACGAUGCUGCGACGUUCAGUUUCUACUUGGUGGACAAGACGGCCAAGUCGUUUUGGAACAGGUACUACAUUCUGCCCAGGUCCGGCGAGGUCUGGAAGUCCGACGGGAGGGUUCUCGAUUCACUGUUCCAUAACGACUUGUCAAAGAACUCACUGGAAGAAUUUGAGGACCGCAGCACGCUUGCGAAGGAGGUACCGCUAAAGGCUGUUCUCAAGCAGAACAAGACCAGUUUCCACUCGAAUGCCAAUGACAAGAGUGACAGAAUUAAAAGCAUCGUUACUAAUAGUACAGACAGGGAGCAACGCUAA